AUGCGUCAUGACGCGAGGCGAAAAGAAGGACAUCGAUUUGGGAGGUCCUAUUUCAGGAAUGCGGUGAGCCACGUAGUCCACACGCCCCGACGUCAUCUUCAUCCGAACUUAGAUGGUCGUCCGGCCGCCAGGUACGCUAAGAUUAUUUAUUCUGAUUCCGAAUCAUUUCACUUGGUCUUCUUAAUAAUCCCCAUCAUUGUAAAAGUCACCAACUUAUCUUGUCAAAGUCGCGAAGUUUGUGAAAAAGGCCGGAGAUCAGACAGGCUGUUGAAAAACGUCCUUAAAAUAGAUCCUGCCGCUUCUUGAAUACGCAAACAGUCGUAGCGAUAGAGCUGUGGACGACAUAAUAUUCUCUGAAAUAAUGCGAAAUUUCCUUAAACUAGCAUAAUGGUUGCAUGGAGCGGCGUAUUGGUGUAUUGGAGGGAAACGAUCGUUUGCAACUUCGUGGAGUUAAACGUGUGUGCGCAGUACUUUUAUGUCUGCAAAAAAUGCCCUUUGCAAUGCUUUCAUUCAUUCAUUCAAAAAGACUCACCACCUUGGCCUCAACACGGCUGUUAGAAAAUUUCGUAUAUGCCUCCUUUUUUGGAAUGAGAAGGGCCCACAGUAACAGGUUAAUUGAAAUGGUAACUCACAGAUUCCUUGGCAGAUUUUUAGUAAUUCAUAGUUACCCAACCGUGAAAAACUUGGGACAGUAUAAAUUAUUCAAAAGCUGUCAAAACAUCUAUUAAGUACAUGAGCCUGGUAGUCAUCUGGUGGAUUCUAGGUGAACUAAUUUGUAAAUUCUGUUUAGGCAGUCAACUUACUGUAUCAGAUUUGGUGGGUUCCAGACGUUGCAGUAGGUUGGGCGGGGAACUUGACACAAAUGUGAUUAAACUCGCGUCGUUCGGCGGGACCUCGUAGCUCAAGUGGUUACAGCGUCGGCUGUUCUAAAGCCUUCCCCUUACUGUCCUGUUUUCGAAUCCCAAGAAGGCGUUGAGUUUUUCACAGUUUAGUCAAUAUGAAUGAAAUGUUAACGUUCCGCAGAACUCGGACAGUUCACCGUCGUCAAAAAGUAAAUUACCUUUGGGCUAACAGAAGUGGAAGUUGCGUGUUUCGCGCUGGUCUAUUUUUCCUCCUCUCGCUGCCUCGGCAUUUCAGAGAGGGGGUGUAUGGAGGACUUUUAAGCUGCAUAUGUUGGUCUCCUGUUGAGAAUGGUCGAUCUGAUGUUUUUUUCUUUCUCGGCAACUGAGUUCGUUGUCAGGCUCUGUCUGUCUAGUCGUCUGGUCUUGAGUUUGUGAACGAAUUGACGUUGUGAGCUGCAGGAAGGUUCAGAUGCCUGUCGAUGGAUUUGGCGUCUGAGUAUCAAGACUCGGACUUUGGGUAAUCUGGGUUUGAUUUACGACGACGUUAGACGGCAGCUCCCUGAAAAUUGAGUGUGUGGCCAGUUUCCCCAAUAUGCGUUGCAAGUUGAGAGUUUGGGUCUAGACUCCGGGUUGCUGAUUUAUACUCUGUAGGCGCGUCUGCAUUUUUCGCCCGGUUUUCCCAACGCAGUUGCUGUCUUCAUCAGUGCAACUUAUUUUGUGGACAACUGCUGAGAUUUCAGUGGGUGGGAGCGUGUCCUUAGGUUGUAUCAAACGAAACCGAAUGUCAGACACGCAUACAAGAACAAAGACCGUCAACUUGGAGUCCUGACCUAAACCCUCAACGUGCAACACACGUCGGAGAGACUGGUCAUGAUGUUGCUUUUCAGGGAGCUACUUAUUUAUGUCGGAGUAAUGGUGAGCUGAUCCAGCUCUCCGAAACGUCAGCAUUCCAGUAAAUCUGUAACGAUAAGCUCUUAUUCCUUCUCAAAUGAUCAGUUUGGAUCUUUCAGACUUGUGAACCUGAUGCUUCCUUUAUUCAUCUCACUCUUUUGGGAACAGUUAGCCAGGUUGAUUGAAUUCUGGAUGAAAUUUAGCUUUACGCAAGAAAUCGUCUGGAUGCAUCACUUAUUUGGCAGAAAUCUCACUCUCUGGUGCUACAGUUGACCACUCGCUAAUAAGUAAAUAGGACGAUUUUAAGGAAUAAAACAAAUCGUGUGGCCGUUCAGAAACAAAUGGACACGUCACUGAAGUGGGAAUUUCGACGUUUUAAAAAGCAAUCGCUUUUAGUUCAGACGAAACGGUCAAACCUUUGGACAGUUCUCGUAGCCUCAGUUUACACUUGACAGAAACGGAAUUUGUGCAUGAUAGUAAAUUUAGUUUACUGAGGAAACACAUUAUCUGCCCGUACGUAUUUGUUUUUAUGAAGUCGGCAAACUCGGAGGAAGUAUUACUGCCUACAACUGCCUAAAACGGCCAGCUCAAAAUCAAGUCAGUCUUUCGUUUUUACAAUACGUAAAUCCAGUUUCCCGCACAUUUCCAGCACAUUAAAUUAAAACACGCUUGUAUUUUCAUACAAAAAUUGCAGGCCCAGACUAUUGAAGCAGACAACUCCGAUAUUUUGCACAUGAAUAAACUUAAUCUCGGUUGAGGAUGUUAUCCCCCUGCACUAACAAUGAUAUUGAUGACAUUUCCCUUUAUUUUGUCGAUAAGGCAAACUCUAGAUGUGUUUUAAGAAACGCUUGGUCGCAGGUUAAAGUAAUGCCACAGAGUCAUACUCAACAACGCCAAAUUAACCCGAGCUUUCCCGUGUUCAAAAAUGAGCUUUCUCAUUUGUACACUUGUGGUUUUUGUGCCCUUGUAAAAUAUAUAAUGUCUUCUGUGUCUUUCAAACUAACAUAAAUAUGAAGGUCUGGCUAGUACUGAAGGACAAAUAUUCACUCCUUUGUGGGUUCGGGAGUAGGUCCUCAAGUAAAAACUCCACUUCUACCAUCCUUCUUAUCAGCUAGCCUGAAAGCAUAGGUAGAUUUUAGACAUACUGUUUUGAACGCCGUUACCCGUAUUUUUUAUAACUGCAGCUGUAUCUAUAACCUAAGUAUUUUAGACCGGCAUGAUCCUGUUUGUCGACAUAUUCGAAGCCGCAAACAAAAUUUAUUUACUUGAACGAAUUCAUUCAUGGGAGUUCGAACAGCCACCCAACGGCCUGCAUUUUAACUGUACGAAUAUCCUAAACUUUCACCUCCCUAAAAUUUGACUGCUUUUCAUCUGCCGAUUUUAAAGCCCAGACAGGUAUGGCUGGACGGACGCAAUGCAUUUCAUGAUAUUUAAGAUACUCUGCUACUCUAGAAAGUACCAUCACAUGGGCUUUUUAAGAGAUAUGCAGUUAGCAGGGCACCUCUAAGCCUAUUUUAGGGCCUAAUCUGUAAACGUAGACCCUGCAGGAAUUUAUAAAGCACGAGUAUUCUAGAAAUGACGCGACAUGUGGUAAAAAGCAUGGCAGCAUACGCGUAGUCAUCAGAUACGUUGUUGCUAGUCCGUCCACAUAUUUAGAAGAUGUGAUAUCUCGUGAAAUGUUAACCGGAAUUCUGAAAUGCGUUUUCGACUCGAAGAGAUUACUUAAGUAGGGCUGCAGUAUUAAUCAUCUUGCAAUACAGUCAGAAUGUCUCAGUUAAUCCGGGAUGCCGGCUUUUGAACGAAAUUCUUUUGUCAUUGUUUUUGGAUGUCCUUUUAAAUUAAAAUGCAUUUCUUAGAGACCAUGCAUAAAAAUAUUCAUCCUUUUAGUUAUCUGGAAAAAAUUUACGUCCUCUUUAAAUUUUGACUUUGAAAAGGGGUAUGAUUCUUUUUUAAAAAAUUUCUAGGUAACAAUCGGGAGAGGACACCCAAAUAUACGUUACCUAGAAAUAAUACCUGAUAUACCAUUUUGAAUAGGUGGCUAAAUCUACCCUUGCAUACCUUAGGAGAGUUGAGAAACGAUCACUGUUGACCGACCAUUGGGUUGUCAUCCCUUACAUAUGUUUGAUUAGGUCACGAGCGACGACAUUAGUCCGUUUUUGGCUUACUUUAAAACAGCAUAGCUUAGGAAAGUUGGGUAAUGAUCGCUUUAGACCAGUCCUGUGUUUACCAACCUUGACAUUAACUUCCACAGCUGAAGAGCGAGCGCAGUAGUCGAUAUGCGGCCUAAUCUAUGGUAGCAUACGUCUAAACACUCCCGAUACUAUCGCUGUGGACGGGCCUUUUGGCUUAUCCAUUAUGGCUAUACUUCCUUAGGUGAGGAAUGACCGCAGUUGUAGGUAUGGGGCUCAAUCUAUGGCAACAUACUCUUUGGACAGUUGCAAAACGAUCGCAGUAGACCCACCCUACGUUAAACAACAUUAUAUAAGCUUCCACUGCUGACAAGUGACCGCAGUAGUCCCUAUGCGGAUUAUUCGAUAAGAGCUUACCUACGGACAAUUGCAAUACGAUCGCCGUUGACCGAGCACUUGGAUUAUCAAUUUUUACCAUUACUUCCAGAGGUCAUGAGCUACCGCAGUGGCCAGUGCGCGGCUCAGUCAAUGGCUGGAUAGCUUAGGACAAUUGCGAUAAGAUCGCUGCUUUGGCUAGCAGUAUUUUGUUGGGUGCCCUCUCCCGAUUGUUACCAGUUUCUAAUUAUGAGGUUUUUUAAGAUCGUGAAAUGCCCAUUCAUAAAAUCUGGUGUCUCAGCACUUGAUAAUGUCGCUUCUAAAGUUUACAAUAUGGAGAAAAAAAUAUUGAUAAAUUUUAUGAAUACCAUAUGGUCUCUUUUCAAUACCAAAUGGAAAUAUGUGAGUUGCUGUGUACGGAAAAUCUACGGCUUGUAGACUAAAGACCCUGAAUGCAAUUGCAUUGGCAUUUCGGGUUUAAAAUUAUUUUGGAACUAGAUACGUUCCUUCAAACCGAUUUGUACCCUUUUUCUGAGUACGAAAACUGCGGAGGACGUAAUUUGCUACCGAAUAUGCGAAAGAGUGAAUAUUUCUGUGCAUGGCCUUUUAGAAAAUACAUUUGAAUUUACAAAAGAAUCGAAAUUCAAUGAGAAAAAAUCAUACUACCUAAGUAGUCAUCUUUUGCAAAGUGUAGUUAUUGCACGCGGCCGGAGGGAGUUCGUUCAAAAGACGGCAUCCUAAAGAAACUGAUUAUGCUGCACCCUUAUUAAGUAACUUAUUGGAAGCGAAAAGAAGUUUCAAGAUUUCGGUUAUUAUUUCAUGAGUUAGCACAUUUACUGUAGUCUCCCGAUGGAGCCUUAUAGUUCAGUCGAGCUUUUCCCAGUUUGGUCACGUGGAUACGGAUAUUUGCAUUCUACUGUCUCACAAUUCACUACUCCUGAUUUUAACUUCACAUGAGCUGCAAAUGAGGCGCAAACAGGAAGUCCUUAGUAGUUUUUGGCGACAACUGACUUAUCAUGAGAUUACGCCGCACCGUGAUGUGUAUUAGAACUCUGCUUAAGUAAUCUCGUCGAAUCGAAAACGUUUUUCAGAAUUUCAGUUAACAUGUCAUGAGUUAACACAUCUACUGUAGGUCCAAAGGGCGACGGAUGCUUAACUGGGGACCAUUUUUACAGACCACUAAACAUAUUUUUCCGCCAUAAAUUUGAUUUGGGCUUCUGCGAUGAUUUUUUUCAGUUUGAUGGUGAAUGCACUGCUUACACGUACACUUCUGUUUUCCCUUCAAAAACUUUUAAAUAUGUUUCUUUGCCAAAGAAGGAAUGUAAAACGGUUUGAGUUGUUAUUUCGCGACAUAAAGUGAGUAAGAAUGGAAAAGGCGUUCGUAAUCAUGAGAGCAUGAAUCUCAGAAUUUUAAUCCGAAAAGUUAUAUCCAAAAACUGAGGUAUUUAUGAAUUUCUCGCAUUUUUCAUGUAAGGCGUGGAAACUGAUCCUUUGCCGGAAUUUUAGGAGUUUCUGUCAAGCUAUCUACUUAAGUCAUCGUUUGGGCUGUUUACUAUCUCAACCUUGGUUUAAGAGACAGUGGACCAGACAGACUUUGCAGGUAACGAUUGUAUUGUUGUCAUUGAUUGCAAACUCACAUUUGUAUUGACCUUUAAUAAAAUUUACUCUGUGAAAAACUCGGCACCUCGGUGGGAUUCGCACCCACGACAGCAAGGGGGGGGGCUUGAAUACAACCAAUGCUCUAUCCAUCUGAGCUUCGAGACACCACCGGACAACACGAGUUUAAUCACAUUUGAGUCAGUCUACCCAUUCAACCUACUGCAACGUCUGGAAUCCACCAAAUCUGAUACAGUAUGCUGACUGCCCAAGCAGAAUUAUUUAAGUAGUACACCUAGAAUCCACCAGAUAACUACCAGGCUCAUGCACUUAAAAGGCGUUAUGACAAAAUUCAAAUAUUUCAUUUUGACCCAACUUUGAUAAAAUAUCUUCUGCUUUCGGAUGGAUUUAAUAACCCUCUGAGAGUCCAGAAGAUAUCUGUAUUAUCACAUAAAGCUGCCCUUUCGUUUUUAUUGCCCGCCUGUUGCACGUCUAAACAAAUCACUGGUUUUAUUCGGGACAGUGAUGCAGUCACACCCAACCAGAUAACAAGAAAAAAAAACGAAUGUUUAUGAAACUAACGAGAUGGCGUGCAACGGCUCGCUUCCCAAUAGGUUGGGUGCGCGCGCAAAAAAUUCAUGUAAACGCGUCCACUUUGGCUAUCCCGGCUGAUGUAUGUCCACUAAUCGGGUUUUAGGCCGGUGUCAUAGGAACUACUGCAUUUUUGUCGCCACCGUAGCGCUACAGCCUUUUGAACGUUAGGAUACCUCCAGACUAAAUGAUCGCAAUCUUGUUUGUGCUACUUCCAUGCUAACCAUUGGUGCUGUGAACACAUUUCGAGGCAACUAAAGACAUAUUAACGACUCUGAUUACAUAGCAGACCGUUUCAGAAUGCAGAGCGCGGUGUACUCAACUCUUCAAAUGCAUCUUUUAACAGCAGUCAGUUUCAACCAUCCAUAAGUUUACAAGUUAUCGUGCAAGCCCUCUAUCUAAUGAAGAAAUACGGCAGAUUACGAUCCAAGAGCUUGGCGGACAAUCACUGGCUUUCUAUGAUCAAUUUUAGUUGUCGAAAAUCUCGCUGAGGUAAUACAGCAUAACGUGUAAUGUGUGUAAUGCGUAACGCUGCCAUCCUGUUGAAGUUAAACAUGACCGCGAAUUCCAGGACGGCUCAGUGUGGGUGCAACUCGCUGUUAUGUGAGCCAACGAUCAGACUACCCCGAGGUUAGCUACGACCCAAAAUGACGUUUAUUAGGUAUUCCGUGAAUGGUAGGCUUGGAUGUGUCAUGUUCAUGGGCGAGCGACCUGCCGACCAUGUAAGUCUACCUAAUAUUGAUUACAAAACACUAUACACACUAACAGUGGGUGGGCUAACUCAUCAAAUGUCAAACGAGAUUCAGAAAUGCGUUUUUGUUUCAAAAAGGUUAAUAAAGUAGGGCUGUCAAACUAAUCAUCAUUCCAUAAUCAUUCUCAAGCCACAGGAUAUUGCCCUUUGAAAGAACUGCAUUUCGGCUGCAUACAGAAACGACAGUCUGUUAAAAAUGACUACUAGUGUAGCAUGCAUUUUUCUCACUUAUUUUCGAUGCUCUUAAAAAUUCAAUUAUAUUUCAUGGAAAACAUGCAUAAAAAAUUUCAAUUCUUUGCUCGUUCGGUAGUAAAUUACGCCUUUUUAAAUUUUCUACUCAAAGAAAGAGUAUAAUUCGGUUUUAAAAAAUUUGACAAUUGUAAGAUUUUUUAAUCCCGUGCAAUGACCGUUCAUGAAACGUCGUGUCUCUGCAUUUAUCAAUGAGGCCUGUAAAGUUAACAAUAUGGCUCAAAUCCACCGUUAAUUUUUAUGAACCCCAUAUAGUCUCCUCCUAAUGCCAUAGAGAAUCGUGUGGUUUUCUGUACACAGAAACUAUGCGGUCUAUAGUUUGGAAACCCUGAAUGCAGGUGUAACGACACGUCGGGUUCAAAAUUAUUGGCGAAUCAAAAAACUUUUUUUUAAAACCAAACUAUACCCUCUGUUCGGAUAUAAAAUUGAAAAAAGGCACACUUUUCUACCAAAUGAGUAAGAGAAUGAAUAUUUUUGUGCAUGUUCUCUGGGAAAUAUAAUUAGACUUUUAGGGGGAUCGAAAAUCCGUGUAAAAGAUUCAUGCUACAUAAGUAGUCCUUUUUUUAAAAAAUACAGUUUUUUCAUGCAGACGAAAAGAAGUUCUUUCGAAAGCGGACAUCCUGAGGUAGCCAAAUUAUUAUAGAAUUAUGCUGAAUGAUGAUUAGUUUUACAACCGUACAUAAUUAAUCUUUUCGAAGCGAAAGCGCAUUUCGGAAUCUCGGUUGGCAUUUCAUGAGUUAGCCCACCUACUGUACAUUGCUAGCUGAAGGUCAUGCACUGUCAGUACCAGGCGGAUCAUGAGGCCUGUUAUCAAAAGGUUUUAAAACUAUGACCAAGAAUGAUUUACUAGUCACUGACUUCCCGUCCAAAUGUCUGGAAGUAAAUUCUCAGGCCAACUCGCCCGGAUUUUGAUUACAUCCCAUGUAGAAGAAGUGGCCAAUGGACGCUACCGUCAAUAUUUGAUGCCGUUGGCUUUGGCCUUACUGACGCUGUCACCGCUGUGCUGUUAUCAGCCACCAUUUCGCACGGACACCCGUCAGAGUGAGCGCGUAUGAGCGUGAUGCUUGAGCCCCAAUCGACGCACCUUGAAACAAUAUGGUAGUUAAUCAGGCAAAGUUAACGUAAGUACAGUAGGAAGGCUAACUCAUGGAAGGUCAACCGAAAUUCCGAAGUGAGUUUUCCUCUCAAAAUGAUUAAUUAAGUAGUAUGGUAAAACUAACCAUCUCGCAGCAUACUUCGAUAAUAAUUCAGUUAUCUUAGGAUGUCGGCUUUCGAAAGAACUUCCGUCCGGUUGCAUGCAAAGACUAUACUGUGUGAAAAUGACCACUUAAAUAGCAUGCAUCUUCCCCAUUGAUUUUCGAAAACUGGGACAAAAAUAUUCAUUCUUUUGCUCACGCGGUAGAAAAUAACGUCUUCUUCUAAUUUUGUGCUCAAAAGAGGGAAUUCGGUUCGAAAAAAACUUUGCCAAUUCCCGAAUGAUUUUGAACCGCGACCUACCGUUACACUUGCUUUCAGGAUUUUCAAACUACAAGCCCUAUAUUUUCCGCGUACGGAAAAACAUAUUUCUCUACGGUAUUAUGAGGAGAUCAUAUGGGGUUCGUAAACUUUGGCAGUUGAUUUGAGCCAUAUUGUUAACUUUAGAAGCCUCAUUGUUAAAUGCAGAGACAUGCCGUUUUAUGAACGGCCAUUUCACUGUAUUUAAAAGUCCUAUAAUAAGAAACUUUUUAAAACCGAAUCAUACCUUUCAUUUGAGUAUAUGAUUGGAAGAAGACGUAAUUUCUUACCGCAUGAGCGAAAGAAUCAAUAUUUUAUACAUAUUUUCCGUGAAAUAUAAUUGGACUUUUGGGAGUAUCAAACCUUUAUAAAAAAAAUUCAUGCUAAUUAAGUAGCCAUUUUUUACAGAGUGUAGUUUUUGCAUGCAGGCGCAAAGAGGUUCGUUCGAAAGUCGGCAUCCUGACGUAUUUGAAUUUUUAUAGAAUUAUGUUGCACGCCGUUUAGUUUUACAACCCUACUUAAUUAUUCUUUUCGAAACGUACACGCAUUUCGGAAUUUCGGUUGACAUUUCACGAGUUAGCCCACCUACUGUACGCACAUGCGAACCAGGCGCGUGUGCCCCUUCAAGGAGCCGCGUAGGAAAUGCGCUGGACCAGAACAAGGGUCACAUUUGGGCACGUAACGAGUUAACUAGAAUGUUCAGAUUCCACGCAUCUCAAAACAAGUGCCGAAAGUGGGGACUCGGGGAGGGGAGACUUGGUGACUCACCUAUAUACGAGCGCUCAUGCCGCGCCAGCCUAAUCCCAACACCAGCUGGCUGACCGACUCAAACAGCGGACUCGCACAUGAGAGAAGGAAGAGGCAGAGAGAGAGAGAGAGUGAGAGUGAGUAGGACUGACUUUGGAGGUUCCAUUCGCACAGAACCUCAGCGCAUUCCUCAGUAAUAACCACUAUGACUCACCUUUUGAUCUACCACGACCCCUUGUAUGUCCGUGGCUUGAAAGGCUUUCAACUCGAUCCUCCCAGGACGCAUAAGGGCUGCAAUGGUAACUUUUAAAUGCGGCAGCCAAUGGCACUCGCACUCUGAUGGAACCCCAGCAGUCCUUUGUUUCUGUCAAAACCUUAUCCAUCGACUUAAAAACAAAGCUCUAAGAAUGGGGAUCAUAGGAAUCGUCUAUUCAAUUAAUAUCGAGGUUUUAGCGUUGCGAAAACUCCCAUUGAAGAAUUCAAAAGACGAUUUGGCAAGCAGAGAUAAGCUUUCGAUAAAUUCUCAUCAGGCGAUACAUUUAUAUUGCCAUCGAAAAGAUUAAAAUGAAAAUGCGGGCAAGCAGAACUUAUUCUGUAGCUGGGUGGGUGAGGAGAAAAACAGAAUUACUGUCAGUGUCAGGGAGAAGAAGGGGAUGUUCGGCACUGGGACGGGUAAUUAUACGCAGGUGGCUGGCAUGGUGGCUUGGGCCUAUGGUAACUGUGGGGCCUGUACGAAGUACUUUUUUGCGCAUAGUCUGAUUGCAGCAGCCUCUGAUGUUGCCAACAGACGCUGUCCAAGUGAUUUCGUAUGGCUUGACGGGACCUUGUAAAUCAUCCGGAAUGCCUGUCCGGCAUCUACACAGUGAUCUGUGUCUACCAUGUGGGCAGAGAUGGAGCUCUUGACGUUCUUUAUUUCGCCCUUUCCUAACCAUGCUGGCAGGCGUUCCCUUAUUCUUUCGGACAAAGGCCGUCUCGUGCGGCCCAUAUAUUCUGCCUCACUGGAGCAGGUGAUGGGGUAGAAGUGGUCUAGACUGGCAAUUUGUCCUUGCCCUCUCCGUGUAGGAUGGGGUAGGGGAGAAGAGUACACGGACGUCAGCUGAUGGAAAGGUGCGGGAUACAGCUUGCGUCAUGCGCCUUCUUAGAAGUUUACUUGGCGCGUCCGCUUGAAGCGGAACCCGGAUAAAAAGCUUCUUCUUUUCUGCCGUCAGCAUCGGGGACUGUGGUGGUCUUUCGGUUAUUCACUUGGCAAUGGAUCGAUCGGGGUACCCGUUCCGAUUAGAAAUGCUCGAAAGCCUACGCAUGCUCGUUAACUUGUAUUUUGAAAAUCGAGGUGCUAUUUUAACUACGUAAAAAGCUAAAUAAGGCAGGGCUCACUUCAGCUAACCAAUAGAAUAUUUAAGUCUACUUACUGAAAUGUCAGCGCGGGCGACCGCAGUUGAAGAAACAGAAAGAAACCCACCCCAACAGAUUGAGGAAAAGCAAGAUCUCAGUAAAAUAAAAGUGUGAUCCGAGGGAAUAGCCAAAAUAAAAGAGUUUCUGAAUGCCGCAAUGAGAGGAAUUGAUCUCGAUACUAACCUCAACUCUCCAAAUGUGGUAACGACUAGGUGGUUAUACAGGCCUUCUUACUUAGGAUCGACGCAAAUGUAAGAACCCCAAGUUUCGUAGAGACUCGCAUACAGAUCUCAAUAAUUUUGACUUCUCUUCUCAGUGCAGCCUAGCACGUCGAAGGGAUUUUAAAGUACUUGCCUCUUGCAAAUACCACCACUUUUCCGCAAAAUGGCGGUAGUUUGGACUUAACCAUUCACCCUAGACAAUAAGCGGUCAAUUACUUCCACUCACAUAGCUACUAUACAGGGAUGAUGAAACAGCAGUGGCCCAAAAAAUUUCUGAGUUCUUCGUUUUUACAGUAGGUGGGCUAACUCAUGAAAUCUCAACAGAAAUUCCGAAGAGCUUUUUCGUUCCGAAAAGAUUAAUUCAGCAGGGUUUUAAAAUCGGUCGUUGUGCAGCAUAAUUCUAUAAUAAUUCAGUGACCCCAGGACGCCGGCUUUCGAAUAAAUGUCUUUUCAGCAGCAAUCAAAAACCAUACUCCGCAAAAAAUGACUGCUUAUGUAGCAUGCAUUUUUUUCAUUGGUUUUCGCUGCCCUUAAAUAUUUAAUAAUAUGUCAUGGACAACAUGCAUAAAACUAUUUAUUCUUCUGCUCAUUCAGUAGAAAGUUACGUCUUUUUCCGAUCUUAUACCCGAAUGAAGGGUAUUGCUCGGUUUCAAAAAGUUUCUAAUUGUAAAACUUUAAAAUACCGUGAAAUGGCCGUUCAUAACUCGUCAUGUCUCUGCAUUUACCAGUGUGGCUUGUAAAGGUAACAGUGUGGUUCAAAUACACUGCUAAAUUUUAUGAACCCUCCAUGACCUCCUCUUAAAACGGUAGAGAAAUGUAUCGUUUUCCGUACGCGGAACUUAUACGGCAUGUAGCUUGGGAACCCUGGGUGCAAUUCUAACGGCAGGUUGGGUUGAAAAUUAUUCGGGAAUUAAAAAAGACUUAUAAAACUAAAAAAUACCCUUUCUUCGAGUAUAAAAUUAAAAGAAUACGCAAUUUUCUACUGAAUGAGCAAAAUAACGAAUACUUUUAUGCAUGUUUUCUACGAAAUAUAAUCAAAUCUUUAAGGGCAGCAAAAAUUAAUGAAAAUUGCAUGUUACAUAAGCAGUAAUUUUUUACGGAGUAUGGUUUUUGCAUGCUGCUGGAAAGGCAUUUUUUCGAAAGCCGGCGUCCUGAGGUAACUGAAUUAUUAUAGAAUUAUGCUGCACACCGACUGGUUUUAAAACCCCAGCGAAUUAAUCUUUUAUAAACGGAAAGACAUUUCGGAAUUUCUGUUGAGAUUUCAUGACUUAGACCACUUACUGUACAUAGGUUACGCAAAUAUUUUCAUGAUAACCUAAGUCCAUUAUUAUAAGUAAUUUGUGCAAGUCUUUCUGGUCUAUCACGGUGAAAUUGGGGACAACUGAAGGAGAUCUUGAAUGUGUACUUAAAGUGUACCUUUCCUCUCUUUGUCUGCGAGCACCUGUGACGUAAGAUCUGUCUCCAAGUCAGGCUGCACCAGUGGCAGCAUAGCUUAGCUGCCCAACACACCAGUUCGCUCCAGGACCUGAGUCUUAAUAUCCGACCCUGCCACUUCGUAUGAAAUCGUUCGAAAACAUUUUCGGCCGAAGCGUGUUGGCCUUCUCUCCUGACCUUGGAUUUUCUUCACAUCUCCGGAUCAGGACCCUUUACACCUCGAGAUUCUUGUUGAUGCCAAGGUACAGUGACUUCGGGCUACAUAUGGUGACCUGGCAAACUCACGCUGCAUUCGUACCAUUUAUUUGGAUCACCCGUUAGACUGUGGCAUUACAGUAACAUAAUUUGUCCACCGUUAAGAGAAGGUUAUUAAUGACAGACUUUGAGCGUGGGAUACAUCCAAUCAACAAAGGCCGUUUACCAUGUGUAGAUGGUUCAUCCGGAAGUGGUGCAUCCGAAAAUAAAAUUAUCUAAAAGUCACUGCAAGCCCCGUUCAGUGGAAAUUCGUUGUCACUUGAAACCGACACUUGUGGGUUUCUGUACACGUACAAUCCCAUCCUCUCUGUAUCCCGUAUGUUUAAGUUGGAUCACGUAUAUUUGCUGCAGUUUAAGAGGAAUCAACUAGGCUGUUUGAGUCAGGCUUUAGACUGUCACGGGUUGUCUGCCUUCGCGUAUAUCUCCUGAACAAUUAGCAAGCUUUUCAAGCCACGGAUCCCGCUAGUGGUUAAUAUCGUAGCUGCGGAUAAGACUGUAUUUGAUGCGCGGGAACUGGUUGUCACACUGACCACAACUUUAAAUGUCUAGUUACUCUAAUUUUGUCACUCAAAUCUGACUCCAACUGGCGCCGCGAGUGUGCUGAAUGCGUCCAUCGUCCACUAGUGACCGGGGGGGGGGGGCGAAGCCGGCUUAACAGAGCCGAAUCUGUAAACAAAUAGUUGAUUCAGUCAGCCUGCAUUUCACCAGCUACUCGAUGACUUCAAGAUGGACAGACGCGUUUUUAUCUCUGGACCACCAAAAGCGCCAGCAAAAAGCAGCUCCACCUGUGAGGUCCAUUUAUGGACGUGUGACUGUUUUCAGCUGUAAAAAAGCACUGACAGUAUACAAAAUAAAUGUUUCGGCCGGGAUUUUAUGGCACCUGUCAGUCUCUUUGGCGUCUCUGAUGCGCUUUACUGGCGGAAUGUGACCUAGUGGCUUUUGUUCACGCAUAAAACAAGUUAAUGUUUUCAUCAAACUCAUAGUUUGUUUAAAUUAUCUGGAGGACGGGACUGAAACUGUAGAGAGAAGUGGACUUAACUGGAUUCGUUUGAGAAUUCAGUAGUAAAAUCUGCCGGACAUGGUAAUCACCAGACAUAUGACUGCUCAAUAAGGACUACAUCCUUGUGAUGUCCUACGUUUUCGCAUCUGUUUCCGAUGAUGGCCUCGGAGCACGAAUACGAAUCGUCGGGUGAAAAAACUCUUGUUUCAUCGAGUCAAUCACUUUCUUCUUAAACACUGCCUGAACAUCUUUCUUACGUCUGUAUCUGAUGAAAAAAGCUUGCAAAGAUAAGUCACCAGUUUUCACUCAUCUUUUGAUAUUUUAGGUAUGCUAUGAGCAUUUUACCUUCAGUCAACGAUAUCGUACCCAAACACGGGUAGUAUUUCUGACGAUGCUGUCCUUGGAGGGAGCGUUUUCCUGUGACUUCUGAGGGUGUCUGUACUGUUUUGGAAGAGAAUCGGGCAUUUCUCAUGCAGAAUAGCCCUCACUUGCCUUUUAAAGAUCAAAGGCGUUCGGCACAAACGAUAGAUAAUGUCAUUGCCUGGUUUUCUUACGGUCGAGCAUCCACCCCACUAAGUCGGUUGCCUACGUUACUAUAUUUAGCUGCACACCAAAUCAAAAUAAAGCAUACUAUGUUGUACUGUAAACAGGUAUUGGUAGGAGAUUCCGGAAAAGUGGUAAAAUUCCACGAUUAUUAUCCCUUCCCGGAUGUUGCACUUGCCGAUACCUUAGAUUCGUUUGUUUGCAUUCUCCGUUAGUCUGACUGGUUUAGUUUAAUUUCUGACUCAGCUUUAAUGGUGCUUAUUUCUACUAACCAUUUUACCCUUUUUACUAAGUACGUUGAUAGGUUCUUCUAAAUUAUUUCAUAGGAAAAGGGUUUGUCUGCCGGUAUUCGGGUGUUGGGGACUACAGCUGCCCGCGAAUAGUGGAAAUCCGUUUGAAUUACAUCCGGUUUUCUUUUGGUGUGUUUUUGAGGUAAACUAUGCAUUCGGCAUCCAUCAACCUCGAAUAUUUUAGCGUACACACAGACUCAAAUGUGGCUUCGUGAAAUUUUAAAUGAAAUUUUAAAAUGUAUUCUCAUUUUAAAAAUUAUAUGGGUAGAAAUGAAAGACUGACAAUCACGCAUCAUAAGCCCAGAAUAUUUCACUCACACCAGAAUGCCGACUUCUGAAUGACCUCUCGUCGGCCGCCUGAAAAACAUCAAUCCUAUGAAAAGAAACGCGGAAGAAAGAUACAUUUUCUCCUUGAUUUUCGACGCGCGAAAACAUUUUCUUAUAUGUGUUCGUCGGCCAUUUACAUUACCGUCAAAUCGCACAAUUGGUUAAAUGGAAUCUUUGGUGUAAAAAAUCUUUUCCAACUGCCGGAUUGGUCGGAGCUUAUUUCGUAGCCGUAGCUACAGUAGACAAACUCCAGCCUAACUGCUAACUCUUGCCCCCGGAUGAUUUGGAUCAUGACCUGUAGUCGAACUUGCGUUGACGAUUUCCUAGCUACACGCUGCAUGCAUUCCGUGUGAGGAAAAUCAUACAUUACCCUAGGCCAUCAUGAGAGCUCCAUAUAGGGUUUACAAACGUGCACAAAGAUGUGGACCAAUUUGCUUAUCCCCAAGGUAUCAUUAGUUAAAGGGACAUAUGCGAUGCUGUAAGAGUAGACAUUUAAUACCCUUAAAAAUAUCACAAUAACAAACUGUGUAAACCGAAAGACUCGCUCAUAUCAAGCCUAAAAUUAGAAGAAGACGCCAUCCAUCACCGGACGAGUACAAAAUGGGGCCAUUCUGGAGAAUGAUUUCAGUAAGGCCAUUAAAAAUUAAUGGGAAAAUUCCACACUAACUAGGUAGUCAUUCUUAAGCAGUGUGUCUCUUGUGAGCCGGCAGCCUAGUGCGACUGACUUGUCUCGGGAUUAUCCGGCACCUCACUCAUGCAAUCCUUUUUAAUUGAAAACACACUUCAGCAUUCCUGUUAACAUGGCUUAGAUAGGCCACUACAAUGUCCUCUGCAAUAUGGAAAGAUGAAUCUCCAGCGCCUAGUUGCUGUGGCAUUUAAUAAUCAUUUUGCGGUCAUACUACAUUCGGCUUCUCAGCGAGACUGCCAAACUCGUCACUGAGUCAAGAACCAUUUUUUGACAUGACUUACUUAUCAAAUGUACAGUGCUUCAAGGUCUCCACCAUCUGGUAUAAAACAAAUAAAUCGAAACCAUCCCACUCAUUUUUUAUAAGACCGCUACGAGGGCUACAAAGAAGGGGAAUAACCCCAUGCACACUUUUACAUUAUGUGGGUUUUAUCUGUUGGAAAUGAAAGAGGAAAUACCGACUUCAGAAGGCAUGGCAUUCAUAUGACUGCUGGUAUGGUAUAAACUGUUAUUAAGGGCAUACAUAUUGACCGUUACUUGGGAGAAUUUUGUUCCGCAGAGGCAGUUUACUUAACAGUGAAGUAGGCAGUUGUUUAAAUCAUUAUUUUGUCUAACAACAAAACUGAUACGAUCCAUACUGUGCUGGGAAAAUUCCCCAGAUUGUUGUCAUUUGCCCGUAGCCUUUAAACAAAUUAGCUAAUGCCAUCAACGAACAGGCACGCCUUUUACUAUGGAUUUCGGUUUGUGCACUAUGUAAUCCUAAAACCGAGCAAACACAAGUACCAUGGUAGUUUACGAACAACCGAAAGGAAGCGCGAUGGACUUCAGACGUAUGGUUUGGUCCUUGAGCUGGCCUUGCAGCUAUGACGGUAAGCUACGGUUAUCAGUCAACAUGACCUGUUUCUUUGAUGGCGAGACGAUGGCAGCAGUCUAAUUUUUAAUAAAAAACUGGCUGCAAAACUUCCGAAGUGUCUUAAAGACUUUCAUAUAUUACAACACAUAUUUAUAUAAAUAUAUAUGCGAACGAAGGCAGUAUUCAAUUCAGGAUGAACAGUGCAGGCUAGAAAUCGAAAUAUUGAAUUAUACCCACUGAUUUUCGAGCUGAUUACAACGACACGUUGUCAGACAAAAUAACUAGUAGGAAGUUAGACAUAUAUUUCAUUAUUUCUUCAUAGAUUGCACAUUAACUCCGUUAUGCAUGCAUAUAUAAAAGUAAGGAUUCAAGGUCCAGCUAAAUUAUCCUGUUCAUCAUCCUUAAAAUGGAAAGAAUAAGAAAAAGAGUUGCUUCCAUGGACAACACUGUAUUUGUGCUGACAUAUCGGAAACGUCGUACUUCCCAAACAAAUUUUCCGAAAUAUCGGCACAAGUACAGUGUGGUCAAUGGAAUCGCCCCGUUUAAAUCUUCAUCUAUUUUAAGGUUAAUUAAAAGGAUGUUUGCAUGUAUAUACGAAUAUGUGACGGCUCUGUCUGAAUUGCAUAACUUUGGGAGUACAUAUGAUGGCGAAUAUGUCAUCUUCGUGGGUAGGUAAUGACCUCAUGCUCGAUGGUGGUCUUUGGAUGGGCUGUGAACUUUACGAAAUUGACUGAGACGCCGUCAACCCACGAUGCAACAAGUCAUUUGAGGUGACCUUUCGUGCUGCUCAUCAUUGCAGCGCGCAUUAAGAGCAUGCAACAUCAUUGCGAGAUUUUUUCGUUUCAAUAGUUUAUUUUUACUCAGGACGCCGCCAAAUAGUAAAAAAAUCAAUCAGCACUUUGAGAGUUUAUAACUGGAUCAAUUAGACAGGUAUUGCUGGCUGAGAGCUAUUCAACAGCAUCACAGAUAAUAGGUUGCUUUAAUUCAUGCGGCAACCGUUAAGCAUUUAUAUUAAACUUAAUGAAAACAAAGUAAUAUAGAGGAAUGGAGACUUUCCUACUCCGGAUGCUUUGGGCUAAUAUCCAAGGAGGUUAGGGCUAGUGUUAGGGUUAGAGAUAGGGUCAAUCUUGGGUUUCGGGGAGGGUUUGGGCUAAAUUAUGGUUAGAAUUAAAUUUAGGGUUAGGAUUAAUGUUUGGCUGGGUUCCUGACAGAGUUAGGAUCAGUAAGCGGGGAUGUUUACCCAUUUUCGAAUCUUUUGUAGGACCAGGUGUUUUGAGUGGGGGAGGUGAAAGAAUUCCCACUCUUGCGUAUUACCAAAACCAAUUCUCAAUAGUAGGUAUAUUUACCGUAAUGACUUCUGGUGUAUAUGCUUCUUGCAUUUAUCUCAUAUUGAGUUAAAAUGAUGCCGACAAAAUCUCUUGAACUGACCUGUUAAUGAUACAUAUCGAAUCGAAGUUUUACGUAUUUAAAUAUUCUACCUCAGUUUAUCCAGCUAACGUUCAUUAUGCCUGCCAGUGAUUAUGGGAAACAGUCAUGCGAGCUUCGUCUAAAGCGAUCCUAUAGUGAGCAGAAUACGAUCAUCAUUCAAUAUCAGAACUGAGGCCCGCGUUUUCUAGUUUCUGAUCAGACCUACAAACUGCACUUUGUCACGAGUCCCAGCCGUGUCUACGUUCGCGACAAUAUGUGCACCUUGAAGCAUGACUUUCAGCUCUGGUCACCAAGUCUUUUUCAGCGUUACUUGACCUAACGCGCUUGAUUUCAAUUUAUGGAGGCAGAGACGAUGAAAAAUUGUCCCAACAUCUAUGCAGUGUAGUACAAUUUUGUCUGCGUUUUAGAAAGUGCAUACCAUUUACUUCGAGAAAUUUCAGCCCCUAUUCAUAAACCUUCCUAGUGACUUAAAUUACUGUGAAAAUUCGAAACUCAUAAAAACCUGGCUUAUAAUUUCGUAUCGCCAACGGUUUUCAACGCCUAAGCCCUUUCGUGUCGAAUGGCCGAGUUUCGCCCCAUCAAGGGAGUGGACGACCACUUAACUGCCAUGAAUCUCGAUCGAUUAUCGACAUAACAGAGUCGGAGUGAGUAACCUUCAAAUUGUGAGGGAGGGGGAAGAACCACGCUAGUCUGCGCUGUGAUUAUGUCAGUUAAAAAAACACUGGAAAAACAAAGCUUGCAUUUUACUGGUUUGGUCUUGCAGGGACUCACAGAAAUUAAUCACAUUCAUUUCUGUGAUUUCCACCUACUACUCAGGCCUCAUGAGUAAUUUCCAUCUGAACAUGCUAUUCCACGCAAGCCAGGAUAAUUAAAUGCGAUUUCUGCAGUCGCUGAUUCCAAUACUAGCAGAAGGCUACAAGAUGGCAAUACGCUAGACUUCCGGAGUAGCACAAGGUGUAGAACGAAUGGCCACUGCGGUUGUCUGGACAUUUUAUUGCAGUGGAGGGACAUUUUCGUGGCAUCUAAUGCCAGAGAGGGUGCACUUUAUCGCCCGCAGAUCCGGCAGUUCGUCUGAAUUUCUUUUAAGUUUCUGACAAUGAAACUUCUUUUUGCGGUAUCUGUCAACGCCUGCCCUGGUCUAGUUACUCUAUUGAUGGCGCCACACACAUUUAAAACAAAUAAAAAGAAUGGCUUUGUUUAUCGGCAGUCAAAGUUCGCUGACGAAGUCUGAACUGUUUACAGAUACUAGGCACCAAUUAUAAUGGUCAUACUGUAAGACGUACGUAAAUUCUAGGGUGCAACUUCUCUUAGAAAGCAGGCCUGAAACAGAAGAGGGUCUACCCAUGCCCGAGGCGCUUAAAUAUAAUUUGUUUUAAGACUGAAUAUGACACACUGGUCUGCCUGUAAUGGUAUGUUUGUCCCUGAGUGUACGUCUCACGCAAUUACACCAUAAUGAAUGUGUGUGUGUGUGCGUAGUGCUUCCGUUCCAUGGUUGAUAGAACGUGACUCUGUGCGCGGCUAGGCCAUAAAUAGCAUACAAGGCUUAUCAGCGAGGUGUGAUAAAUCGCCAAGCCGACUUCUGACCGAUCGGCGCCAUUUGCACCUUCCCUCCGAACACUUCUGACAGCCGUAAAUAGAAGAUAAAUUGGUUUUCUUACUGGUAGAAAUGAUUAUAGGUGUCGAAAUGUAAGGAGCUUCGAAUAAACUGGGUCGAGUCGUGACCGUAUGGCUACAUAAAAUAUGCCAGGAAUGAUCAUUCUAGUCUCCCCUUUCACCAGGAAGACUUAGGCGAAGGAGUUUCGGAGCUAUAAAAAUACAUAAGUGUCCGCCCCUUCAUCAGGGCGGAUUGAAAAACGGCAUUUAUAUGUGACUUCUGCGUGGGUUGCGAAGGCACGACGCAAAUGGCGUAUGAUUCGGAGGUUAGAGCUCACUACCCAACAGAUUAUGAUACAGAAUACCGAAAAUUAUUAAAGGAUAUGACCAUUUUCUUCUUUUGGACACAGUUCUGCUGUUAGUAUUCGGAGUCGGCCUAGAUGAUUUAGAGGAUGAUGACCUGCCACUUGAUGUUGGAACAUAUAAUCCGCCAAUGAGUUGCAUGAGAAGAAUAUUUCGAGCAAAAUAAGUUUUGGGAAAUAUAACACACUUUAUUUCAUAGUUUUUCGACUCAGAUUUUCAGGUUGUCCCCCGACAUGAAGCAAAUGUUCAAAACGGCCAUUUAAUAAGACACGCCCAAAAUCGUUAUUGUUUUGUCAUUCCUGCCAGUCAGCCACUCCGGUGGUUUGACCUCACGUUCUACCAGGUAAGGUAACCCAAAAAUGUUGUAAACGAUGCGUGUUAAGACAAGAAUUAAAAGCAAAAGACAGGGAACUAGACUGAUUCGAUGAGGCGCCCAAACUAAAAACGGGAGUGCAAUUCCGCACAUUAAGAAAGUGUCCGAAUUCGGCGAAAGACAUCUGGGGAGGCACCAAGUAUACACGGUGCAUAAACUGAGGAUUACGCUAUAGCAGCCAGUUUCUACACCAUAAAAAUAGGAUUUACUAUUUGGAUAAGAAAGACGUUGGCUCUAAGAUUCUAUGCGGCACCUACGAUACAGUUUACUCUGGCCAAACCGGAAAAUCUACCUUUACUCACAUAAGCGAAUACUAACUGGCAUUAAAAAGGCGCGACCACUUGUCUCAGGUUGCCAAGCAUAUACUAUAACCUGGGCACAACGUAGCCUGGAGCAAGAUUCGUUUUAUAGGUGCCUAUUCAUCUAAGAAAUACUGAGAAUUUUUAGAGGCCAUUUAUUUCGAUAAGUCAUGCAUCAAUCGGCACAUCUAAUCAGACGACGUGUACAAUACUAUCAAGAAAAAUGGAAAAGGUGCUGGCCAAUCAGAGCCUUACGCCAGCACACAGUAACACUUCGCUAACACGAAUGACAGAGCGAUAUCGAUUUUUUGAAAAUGCUUUAAUCGUGACUGUUUCACACUUUUACUGAACGUCUGAGGACGGCUUGUGGAACUAGAGUCGAACAGUUGUAAAAUAAAGUUGUUUACCUAUCUCCAAGAACUUACUUCAUUCGAAACAUUUAAUUUAAUGACUACGUUCCUGCAAAGCAGUUCUCAGCUAUACCUGCACAGAGAUAGGCAAUAACGGUGGCCGCCGAUGGAGGCGUGGAAGGUGAAGCAUGGAGCUGUUAGAGGAAUAGCACGGUCGUCUGCUGUUUCGUACCACCGGUAUCAGAGUGCGAGAAAUAUUCAGGUUCAAUAUGGGGCCCUCAUCGUGCACUGCUAGUUUUACACUUCACAAGUAUCCUUGAAACAUUUAACUCACAGCUGAUAUUUCGUAGACGACGGUAUGCGACUUCAUAGAUGGGACUGACGGUGGCCUGAAUAUCAUAGCGAUCUGCUUUACUUUAUAGCAAGUAGAACCCUCCUAGGGCUAGUGAAAAAAUCAAAUGUCUGUUAAUAUCAAAUGCAGGCAAAGGGCGCCGAAUAUCAAUCAGUAUGCAGAGUCGGAAGAAUGAAGAAAAUUGUAAUUUCACAUCCAAAUAGUCAAUCAGUUUCCUUGUUAAUAUCUGUCCACCGUUAUUCCUAACAGAAUGGACUCUCGAAGGGAAGGGGUGUACUUAUAAGUGGCACGUUUUUAUGCAGCUACUGCGGCGAACUAUGGCCUCAAAACUCAGUGGGCCCCGGCUGAGACUAAUUAAUCCGCAUAACCACUGGAGCAAUGACUGUUGAUACGAGGAUGGCAGAGUGCCUUCGCAAUCUUCCCCUCAUCUUUUGUGACGGCCCUCCUAUAAUGACCGCCCAAACUGAUUGCCCCAAAUGUUGCGGAUUUGGGUCUUUCUGCCUCGGCAUAUUCGUCCGCCACCAAGUAGAUGACUAAAUGGUCUCAAUGUCAGAUUUCAGAGGAUGAUUGGAUACUUGGCACUUAAACCACGUCCCAGCGACAGUCGAAUGCCUGUGAAAAUGUGGGCACGUUGUAUGUGGUUUUGAAAACCACCGGAAGCAGCAACGGUGAUUCGUCGUUCACGUUGCGAUGAAUGCAGAAAUCGCCACCGUAUGUAGCAUUCCCGGACAAUAAUGCGUGGUCACAGCGUUGGCUAGCUAAAAAACAUUUUUUCACUGCUUGUAUGCAACGGCGGAGAGUUCUACCAUCGUAGGCGCCUUGGAGGUCCCGGCUAGAUCGCUCAGACCACUUGGAAGAGUAAGCAUCUACAGGCCACUCUCAGCGCUCUGCGAAAUGGAGUCGAGUCCUCAGGGAAGGAAGGAAUAUUGCACCGACUACCGGCUUCAUGCCACCUAAUCAAACGGAACGGGUUAAAGUCUGUAGUGGCUGCAUGUGAUAAUCGGCUGGCGAUGUCUAGAUUCGUCCCCAAACCAUAAACCACCUACGAAAUUCUGACUUCGACUAGACAGCGUUUUGGUGGUUGGUUGAGGCUACAGCCCCGUUUCAAGGUUCAUACAAGGGGUACGCCCACAAAGAGACUUGCCAAUGACCAGCCUCACUGUCGGGCGCGAGGACAUACUCCUAGGAAUGUCGGUGAAGUGAGAAACGCAAAUGAGGCGAUCGGAUGACACUGCCUGCGACCAGAAAAUGGCUCAGGAUCCACCCCCCCCCCAUUCGAGAUCCACGCUGGGAAGGCCGUGGGGGGAGAGGAAACGAAGGCUGUAAGUGUGCUGGAGAAACGUGGACAGCGUAAGGAGUUCUCCGAAGAUACGCAGCCGAACUAUCCCACUUCUCCAGGCAGACGCUACUUCGUCUAGCGAUGUUGUUGCACCAUCGAAGACACAAUGUGCCGAAAGGUUUACUCGUAUUCGAAUAAGCCGUUUUGCAACAUUUUAUGGCGAAAUAUUUAGCAAUAGGUGAUUCCUCAUCGAUCGGUAAACGGGAGGACGGAAAAGUAUUUUUGUAUAAAAGGCUUAAUGAGAGACAAUGAACGAUCGCAAACAAAGAAGUAGCCGCGACAAGGACGAGGGAGUCUGAGAUACCGAUUUUUGGACUCUAUACCACCCGCUUAAGUAGGCCAUAUCUCUUGAGGGGAGUUUCAGGGCAAAGGAAAGCUCUCAUAUGGUGUCUUAUAAUCAGACCAAAUUUGGCUCCUCAUGUAGAGGCAACGAUAGGGUGUAGGACCCCCAACUAACUUCAGCUAGCCUGUGCACCGUGUCAUACGUUGAAGGGUGGUAGAGGAAGUUUACCGAAUGUGGCAACACACAGAACGGAGAGCUAUAAGACACAGAAAGUAGAUAAAUUCUUGCUAAAUGUCAUAUCGUACGCUGUCGUUUUUGGGAAAAAAAUGAGCGCGAUAAGCAAAAAGCAAUUUUAAAUGUAAAUAACUUUGAAUGAAGCGCCGCUCUAUAGUUUACAUUUAGUCAGGGAGAGAAGUAAAUUUCGUACAAUGGGAACGGCGAAUAAUAGGUGAUGCUUGCAGACACACAUGCAUUUCAACAUUACAGAAGUACACAGAAAGACUCUAACUAAUGGAAGUCGAUGACGUGAUAAAUGUCAGGUUUCAGUAGCAAAUGAAUGUAUGUACAUUUUGCCAGACGUGAAUAGAAAACCACCGUAGUAUUUCGCAUGUGGAGAGUAUUGGACAAAACGUUGCUUUUAGAUCAACAACCGCCCAAUUUAAUAAACGCACUCUUUUUAACCACAACAGCCAUUUAGUCAACGAAGCAAGUUGAACUCGUUGGGCCAUCGACCGGUGCUUCUGGCGAUUCCACCAUGGGCGAGUCGAGUUCUUCGCUCAUGUCAGACGAUAUAUGACAAAGUCAGAGAGUUCAUUUCGUUUACACUGCGUGCUAAACGUCAGAACUCGUCCGGUCAGCACAGAACAGAACCUCCGUUACAUCGUUGUGUUGGGUACUGAUUAGGGAUGUAAAUAUUAGUGGCGCAACGCUGAUUGACUGUCUGUCAUAUCUUUAGGCGAAAGAUGAUUGACACAGAGGAACAAACGUCCGGCUGUGUCGGGCUCCGGAUUUUAGUGGGUUACCUUGACUGAUGCUCCAACUGUUAAUUUGCUGACUGUUUCACUAAUAUCACGUCUUAUCUGUUCUUCAAGUAAAACCCCGAAAUCCAGCAAUUCUAGGUGGAGGGCUACUCAGAUUACAGUAGGCUUGCAUUGCAUGACAGGAUGAUAUACUAUCAAUUGAACUUACCUACCAGUAGAUGUGGGUGCGAUGUCUAGAAGAUAGCCCAAACAGCACCAGUUUGCAAAUGCCACCGUUUCAAUGCCGUCUCUAUAGUUGUGUUACACCCUAGGGCUGCAAAUCUUUAAGCGACUGCUAUGCCAGGAUCGGUAAACCAUGACCUUCGCAGCCUGGUCUGCGCUGGCAGUUUUCUGACACCUGGUUCCAUGCUGAUAGAUAAGCUAACGUUCCCGUGAGCAUGGUUACCUAGUCAUCCUUUUCUUCUUUCUGGCACCUUCUGGUGUUGCAGUUGUAGGUCAAAAUCCUAGACAAGUUUGGUUUGUUUCAGGGGGUGGGGAGUGGGGCGACAAGUUGCGAUCUCGGCCGCACCAUUUACCCGCGUCCUCCCCGUCUCCUGUCUUUUGACUUUGUCUUAAUACCGCGUCCGGGCGGGUGAGGAAAAAGUGCGAUAGAUUCAGCGAAUGUCUGCGGUCGCUAUAAACUAAUCUACGCGCAAGUCACCGUGCCAGCCUCACUGUUCUGUGGAGCACACGGUGGACAUCUUUGAGCACAAUGGUCAAACUGCCUUACAUCUCAAUAUUCCACAAUCUUCCACUUUAAUGUUUCCUCUUUCGAAUUUUAUGGACUCAGACAAAGAUUCGAUCAUUGUUUUUUAGCUAUAGUUCCUUGUGUCUUAUGAAAUGCUGACCGAAGUUUUGAAAUACGUUGUGGACUAGAAAAUAUUACUUACACUUCGUGGCCUAUCGAGGAGUGGUCACGGAGUGCGCAUUAAAACGCUUGCAGCACACGAGCCGCCACUCCGCACCACCGAAAGCCAUACUGCGUAAAAGAAAUGACCGAUCCUCAGGGGAGGCCGUAGUUGGGUUAGUACGUUAAUUUUUUAUUUCACAGAAAAGCAUAAAAUCAGAAGACGACUUUAUGACAAGUCAGUUAGUUAAAAACUAUGUAACUGACAGCGGGAAAGGAAAAUAUGAUAGAACGACAAAAUGGUGAACCACAGUAACAAAUACAUCGUUGAUUGUACUUUUACUGUUGAAAUUCCCGUAAUUCUGAUGAACAUAGAGACUAUUAAGAUGUAUAUGGCUGUUUGGGUUGUGUAAUUGCAAAACACAAAAUCCAGCUCUAGCUGCCAUAAAAUUGUGUCGUUUUUCUUUCGAUAAGUGGAAAGAGAUUUUUAACGGAGGGACAGGAAUAAAUAGAGUGAAUGGGCUAACUGAUGAAAUCUCAACAGAAUUUCCGAAAUGCGUUUCCGUUUCAAAAAGAGUAAUGAAGUAGGGUUGUAAAAAUAAUCAUUAUGCAGCAUAAUUCUAUGGUAAUUCAGGUAUCCCAGGAUGUCGGCUUUCGAAAAAACGUCUUUCCGACUGCAUCCAAAAACCAUACUCCGUAAAAAAUAACUACUUAAGUAAAUGACAUUUUCUCAUUGACUUCCGAUGCCCCUAAAGAUUAAGUUAUAUUUCAUGGAAAACAUGUAUUAAAAUAUCCAAUCUUUUGCUCAUUUGGUAGUAAAAUACUUUUUCUUUCAAUUUCAUGAUCGAAGAAAGUGUGUAAUUUGAUUUCUUAAAACUUUUCCGAUUUCUAGAUAAUGUUGAACACAACCUGCCGUCACACUCGCAUGCAGGGUUCCCAAACUACAAGCCGUAUAUUUUCUGCGUAGAGAAAAACAUACAUUUCUCUAUCGUGUUAAGAGGAGACCAUAUGGGGUUUAUAAAAUUAAGCAGUGGAUUUGAACCACAUUGUUACUUUUACAAGCCACAUUGUUAAAUGCAGAGACAUGACUUUUAUGAAGGUCCAUUUCACGGUAUUAAAAACUCUCACAAUUAGAAACGUUGUGUAAAACCGAAUUAUACCUUUGCUUUGCGUAUAAAAUUGGUAGAAGACGUGAUUUGCUACCAAAUAAGUGAAAGAAUAAUUGGCUUUAUGCAUGUUUUCAAUGAAAGAUAAUAGACUUUUUAAGGAUAUCAAAAAUCAGUGAGAAAGUUGCAUGCUACUUAAGUAGUCACUUUUUGCAGAAUAUAGUUGUUGCAUGCAGUCGAAAAUAAAUGCAUUCGAAAGUCGACAACCUGAGGUAACUGGAUCAUAAUCGAAUUAUGCUGCAGGUUGAUUAGCUUUACAACCCUACUUAACUAAUCUUUUCGAAACGGAAACGCAUUUCGGAAUUUCUGUUGAGAUUUCAUGUGUUAGCCCACCUACUGUAUGCUUGCAGGCCGCAUGCGGAAAGAGUGGUUGUUGUCUAAAAAUUAGAUUAUUGACGUAGGCUAAAGUAGAAUCAUACCUGCUUUGAACGGUUAACGGGGGCGUUAUCCUGAAACAUCGCAUUGUUUAUUAAAAUUCAAUGAAUACCGUUUUAGCCAAAGAAUUGUUUACGAGAUCGAUGAAUACCCUACUAUUAAUGAUCUCGGUUGUCAACCACCAGACUAGUCGUUCUCUGCAUUUCAUGGCCAUCCUAGCAAUCAGGCGUCGGCAGUUCUUGAAAAUCGUUGUCGUUAAAGUGUGUUCUCGUGGAAAGAUUUUCACAUACAUAACCACCUGCGCCUACCACGAGGUAUUGUCCGAAAAUAAAACCACAUCAGGAAAGUAAAUGUUCUACCUCUUAUGAAAGUCCACGGUCAGUAAAAUCGUAAGCAACCAAGAAACGUUCUCUGAUAAGUUUUUUUGUUCGGAAAUGGCUUGUUCUUAGUGAUUUGUGGAUGUAAGCUGGAGAGUUGUUGUCCUUUUUCUGCUACGCUCGGAAAGCGUUGUCAGUGUCAGGCGAAUAGAAUAGUCGUCUUGCCUGCCGUUGUACCGUUUUUGUUUGCAUAAUUCCAGUCAUUAAUCUAUUAUUUAUAACUACCCGCAGAGUGGUCUGGCUGAUAUUUAAGAUAUCAGCUAUCAACACACGGGGCAGUCGACGUAUAUAGGGCGUGCCUUGACAUCACCUCAUGGCGUAACACGUGAAAGCGACUGCAUAUCACUGAUGCUUCAUAUAUAUAUGUGUUUACACCUACCAGUUCUCGAUGUGAUCAAAGAAACAACUGAUAAUCAAGAAUACCAUUGCGUUUUUUUGGUACAUAAUCAAAAAUGUGUAGGAUGAAAUUUUUAGUGCAAUGGUAUAGAGAAGGACCCCACCAAACUGUCAGUAGACUGUGGAUCGUGCCUUAGGUAAUUUAUGGUAAAGGAAGUUUUACGACUGGGGCACCCGGCUAGACAGUAAGCUGACAAAAUAUGAGAAAACGCAAACAUUGCCCGAAUUUAUCCGAAAGUCUUAUUAUACAAUAUUGCACGACAACGAAACUGAGAAGAGUAAUAAAAUGCUCUAACCACUUGAGCUACGAUGACCCACCGGACGACGCGAGUUUAAUCCCAUUUGGGUAGAGUUACCCAUCCAACCUUCUGCAAUGUCUGGAAUUCACCAAAUCUGAUACAGUAAGUUGACUGCUCAAACAGGAUUUUCUACGUAAUUAACCUAGAAUCCACCACAUGACUUGGAGGCUCACGUAAUUCAUAGAUUUUUGACUGCUUUCACAGUUGGGUCAAUAUGAAUUAUUGAAAAUCUGCCAAAAAUCUAUGAAUUAAGCGAUCUUGGUAGUCAUCUGGUGGAUGCUAGAUGAAAUACUUAGGAAAUCUUGCCUGGGGCAGUCCACUUACUGCAUUAGCUUUGGUGGAUUCCAGACACCGCAGAAGGAUGGGCGAGUAACUUGACCCAAAUGUGAUUAAACUCGCGUUGUCUGGCGGGGCCUCGUAGCUCAGGUGGUUAGGGCGUUGACUGUACUAGAGCCUUCCCCGAAUCACACUGAGUCACCGAGUUUUUCACAUUUGGGUCAAUAUGAGUUAUUUAAAAUCUGCCAAAACAUCCAGGAUUCUGUUUUAUUAUACAUAUUAAGCACCUGAACAAACUCAGAAAAAAAAACUGCAGGAUCUGUCUUAUUUGAGAAGACAAACCAGCUCCAGCGUCGUAUGCAUGUCGAUCGUCAGUGGAUUCUCAGUUUGCUUUACUUUGACGCUUAUUUACCACCAUGUCCGGCCGGGAAUUUGAGCAACACCAUUAAAGGGAGCAAACCUUUGAUUUAUCGGGCUUGCUAUGCUGGUGUUUGGUGUUACAGGACAGUGUCCAUCAGACACAUUGCUGUAUAUUUCCUCACGCGAUAACUCUCUUCUAACCUUAGUCACGUCGGUUAAACAAGUUCGUAAGCUAAACGCUUGACUCAAGUGCGACGCGUGUAGUUGAUUUUUAACCCACCCCCAGUCUGUCGUUAUUUACUCACGUUAUUUGCGGCAGCGAUUGGUGCCAGUAGGAAUUCAGUUUCUAACUGUCACGAAAUCUUUGCUAGAAGUACUCCUGAAAUACUGAAAAACUAUCUUUCAUAUGAUUUAAUAAAACUCGGAACCUCGCUCAUCAUUUACCGAAAAAUUUGCAUGACGUCUCCUGCGCAGAAACCGUUUAUUUACAUCCCUGAAUGCACAGGUACAUGAGUGCAGGCACACAAAACUGUCAGAUUAAAUUUACGACCAGCUGAGCGCAUUCGGUCCUCAAAACCCCGCUUCAGUUUUCGAUUCUCGGCAGCUGGACGCGUUCUAAGCCCUAUACGAACCCUAUAGGAAUUAUGUUAGCUUCUAAGCAGCGAAGGUUCUUCUCCCUCAAAUUCCUACGUCAGUACGGACCAGAUCUCCUGCCACCUGCUCUGCGAGACUUUGUUGUUGAGGUUUUGGAAGACCGACGAAUCUCAAAGGCUCACCUAGCCGGGCUUUGGCACAACGUAGUGUGAGUUAAAAUAGCUUGUACUUUCCUUUAACAUGUGGGGGGAUUUGUUUUAAAGUAAGCGAGAAACGCUGCAGUGCAGGGAGCAAUGAAUGGUUUAGCAAUUUUGGUCGCUAGUAUCAUGCGACAUUACCGGCCUAGGUUUCUAACUGUAGUUCACUUCUAACUGCAUAAUAGACUGAGAAUGAUUUCUUGCUGUCUGAGUAACGAAAAGUUUCUUUUUAGUGGGGUGAUUUUGAAACAAGCAUAAGCAUCAGGGCUUAGCAAUACCGACACUUUGCGCCUGUCUAUCAACUGCCUCCUUUCGCUGCAUGUCAUGGAAACGGAGUAAUUGAUGUAUGGCAAGUUGAUUUUUUUUUAAAUAAAUCACUGUUGAAAACGCGGAGGUAAUUGUUCAGUACACACAGUUUAAUCUAAAAGGGCCACUUCCAAACGCAGCAUUAAGGGAAUAGAGAGGACAGCUUGCAAACAAAUAUGUACAGAGGGCUUAGGAAUAAAUAAAGUAAGGUCGGCUUUGCUUAACGACUUGCCCGGCAAAAAACAUCUUAAACUUUUUGGAAACCGAUUAAAUUUCUACUGUUUGUGUUGCAUUUGCACUCUCUUCUGAUCAGUAUGGGGGAUAGUUUUUUGAUCGACAAUGAAAACCACUGGGACUGGCAGUGGUCAGAGUCAAGUUUGCAUGACCGCGAUUCGGAGAUGAUUUUGUUCGAUUAUGUUUAUGAAAUUUAACCUCUCCUUGUAACCUGGGAUAAAAAAAGCAUAUGGAGUCUUAGAAAACACUUCGCGGACCUAUAGUUCCAAACAUUAGUCACUUUUAUCUAUAGCACGCUUCUUCAUUUUUACCUUCCCUGAAUGAUAGUCGCAAUUCCUUUGAGAAAACAGUAAGAGAAUGUGGACGAAAAACAGUACAUCCAUUCACCGCCUUAUAAAAUGUCCGCGCAGAGUCUUACUUAGCACUUCACUUAAUGGCCAUUGUGACGUGUACUUCAGUUGUCAUGAAAUUUCUCAAAGAGACUUAUUGUUAUUUAGCAAGGUACAAAUUCAGAAACCCAUCUUUUUAUGUCGUUCUUGGAAUGUGCGCAUUUAAAAAAUAGUGAUUAUUUUACGCACAAACUCUCACUUUAAUCUAGGAUGCUGCAUUGACUGUCUUUCGUUGCACAUUGUGUCAAUCUUAUGACUUUUGCCUUCUCCUUUCUGCAUCUAUUUGACAUUAAGAUGCUUAGCAAGAAAUUUUGGCGUUUUUCCUCUCCGCGAGCAUAUCGCCAGCUAAACAUCAUAAUUUAUCUACGCGAAUUUCGUUAACGGGCGACAUCUGCCAUAGUGUUACGCGCGCGUCUUGAGAUUUCACGGAAUAAAAGCAUCCCAGUUCUUUCAAAUUCUAUGUAUAGCAUAUUUACAAAUCUGUGAUUAGUCACUGUGCAACUUAAGAUCUCACAGAGAAGACUCAGCUACAUUCAAGGCAACAUAAGCCACAAAACAGACCACCACUUCGGCAACCUUUGGCAAGGCAUUUAACCAACUCGUCUGCUUCUAAUGCUACUUUGAGCGAUAUGGUUGUUGUUGCUUUGAUGGUUAAAUUUUCUUCUCUGUUCGGAUUUUUUAAUCCACCAUCGUCACAACACAAUCCCCAACCACGGAUAAAGCCAAUUCCCAUUCGGUCAAGCUUCAAGUGGAGUUUCAACGGGGUUAAUUGUAAUGGGACCUGAGAGCCCCUCAAAAGUUAACCGCAGGUUAAUUUUAUAUCCGUAAACACCCUGCAGUCAAUAUCGUGUGGUCGAUUUCACAUAUAUUAACGUUAUAGGAAAAAAACGACUUGCUAGAUGAAUACACCGAAAGAUGUAUUGCCUUAUAGUAUGUGAUUUAUGUCAUGUAACGCAUAUAAAUAACUGAAAAGUUUUUGUUCAACCGGAAGAUGGCGGACGUCCAAAGACCAAUUAUUUCAAGUAAGGGUGACGUUUUGGGAGCAAUAAUACGUUGUUUAGAAGUGAGUACUAUUCCGGAGAAAAGAGACACAAAAAAAUCUGAUAUUCUCAUGACAUGAACAAAAAUGGGCUGUAGAUGAACGCAGCUUAUUUAUGCAAACAAACGAUAAAAAAUUGCAGGGACAGAAUAACGUUUAAAGAUGUCUUCAGUAUAAAAACCUACUAAUAAUUAACGGGAUUUGAAGUGAAGCAGCUACACAACUACCUGAUAUUGCAUUACUUAUGCAAAAUAACCUUUGGAUAAUAGAAAUAAGAAAAAACUUUACAUUGUGUCGCAGGUUAAGAGGCCAAUCGGUAGCUGAGAAAGAAUACUAGGAUUGGAAGACAAAGUCAAAACAUAAUAUUUUCCGUGCAUCAAAACAAAUUUUUUAUCGUAAAAUAAUUGUACGCUUUUAUGGUAUGUCAGGUUUCCGAGUGGCCUUUGAAUAUCACUUUGUUUGCGGUUACAAGCGUUCUCAACCGGCUGCUAAACAGGAUGGGUUCCAUAAAUUGUGUCUCUAUAGACCCCCAUUUUUGAGUUGUUUUAAAUGAAAACACCCCAAUCGCGAGUUCACGGGCGCUUAAUCUAUGCAGAUGAUCGUUCGGGUCACACUUGUGGACCUAUUCAAGCAAGCAAACUGUUCGUGGGCGGUUAUUUUGGCAAAUGCUCCAUGAUUAUAGUACUACCGUUGCGAAGAAAAGUGCAUCCAUUUAGAUGCGAUUUUAGACAUUUACUAUGGGAAGAAAAUUGCAGGACUACAAAGUGCCAUCCAUUUCUGCCCCAAUCUGAAAACUCUCUCCAUCAAAAAUGACUCAGGAAGGCGUUUCCGCAGCGAGUGAAGCUGCUAAGUGCUCAUCGCUUAGACGCCGGGAAAUUAUUUCCUAUAUUUCGGUCGCUGCGUUCAAUGUGUUACGCCACUUUCAGUAAGUAUCUAUUGCAGUUGAGUUCACAUUCUUCGGAAGUAAACAUAAAAACGCUUAUGAUACCAUUAAGUAAAUAGUUCUCAGUUAAAGUUUACCGCAUUCAGAGGCAAAACGUGGUUCGGAUGGAGUAAAAUUCCUAAUUAUUGGUCGUUCCUACGCAGUCCCACAAGCAUUUGUUUUUUUUGAUUUCAUGGUUCAUAUCGUAAAGAACUAAAGUAAAUUAACAGAGAGAAUUUCGCGGUGCAUCUAGCCAUUUUUUCACGUAAGAGUUAUCAGAACCUCGUUUGUGGGUUUGUGGGACUCAAACCCACAAGAGCAAGGACAAGGCUUGAGUACGACCAACGCUAUAGCCACCUGAGCCACUGGGUGGUCAAAACGUUUUCUGUACUCUGGCCUUGCCUUUGCCGUUUUGGGUUUGCGUUCGACCAAGACCACCGAGUUUUUCAUAGCUGGAUUAAGUGAUUUAUUAAAAUCUGCCAAACGCACCAGUUAAAAAUACACUGUUCAGCGCUGAAUACGGAUUGACUGGGAUAAAACGUGAUGUCAGCUGCCCUCAUGGGCUCAUCAAAGCAAAUACAAAUGCUCGCUGCCCAAGUUGAGCGUCAUAUUACAGUAGAUGUGCUAUCUCACGAAAUAUUGACCGAAAUUCUCAGGUGUGCUUUGGUUCCACAAGAUCAUUUAAGUAGGGUUGUGGUAAUAAUUAAUCUGCAACGUAUUCCUAAGGUAGUUGAGUCAUCGCAGGAUGCCCUCAUUUGAGUGAGAUGCUCUUCGAUGGUUUGCGGGAACCAUAAUCUGCAAAAAUUACUACUUAACUAGUAUGAACUUUUCCCAUGGAUUUUCGAUGUCCAUAUAAGUACUAUAUAUUGCAUUAUGUGUUAUAUAUUACAUAUCGAAUAGCGAACUUGCGCAAGAUAUUUUGUGUACACCAUUCGUAGAAAAGUACGUGCUCUCCAAAAUUUUUGCUCGAAGAGAAAGUAAUUUCCGGUUUUCAAGAGAUUUUUCUGACAACGGUAUAGAGAGGGACCCCACUAAACUCUCAACAGACUGUGGAUCGUGUCACAUUGGGUUUUAUAAUGGCAUACAUUUGCAGGCACUGCUAACGACUAUUGCUUCCCAAGACCUCACACUUCAACAGAAAAUCCGUUAUUUUGUGAAAUUUACUUCCUGUUUAUUGCUUUUUGCUACUCUAACUUCGUUGUCGUACAAUAUCGUAAGAUAAGACCCGCGGCAUAAAUUCACGCAAUGUUUGUGUUUUCUUUCAUUUUUUCGGCUUACUGCCUAGCGUGCUGUCUCACCUAUAAAACUCCCUUUACCAUAAAUCGCGUAUGGCACGAUCAACAUUCUACUGACAGUUAACUGGAGUCCUUCUUUAUAUCGUUGCCCUUUUGCCUUCUCGGAUAAUUUUCGUCCCAUCUGACGCUGCGUCUACAUUCAGGGUUUCUAAAAUACAUGCUGAAAUUUCGAUUCUGACCCUAAAAAGUCAGCUCCCGGUUAUUUAACUCCAAAACCUGCAUUGAGUAAUUACCGAAAUUAUUCUUGCUGAGUUGCCAUUCUUAAGCAACCGUACCUCAACAACAAAGGCAAGGAGCCCGAAUUCGUCGUGUAACUAAAAAAAACUCCUCCUUCAUGCGAUUAGUCAGUCUAUUUCUUUUGUGUUUGAACCUUUUUGAGUAAAGCAUACAUCGGAAGUCUGAUUACACCUGUUUUUGUCCAUUUACACAGGCGUCCGAGUGUGGCCUUCGCGGAUUAUGACAUUGCAGACAGUCGGUGAGUGAUACGAACAAACUAUGACAUAACUAUGAGAUUUGUUCGUUUUUGAGACACGGAUGCGUGUUACUGUAGAAAAACAUAGGCACCAGAGCGUGAAGUCUCCUGAGAUUAUGAAAACAAUGGGGUAAGUGGAGACAUCCGCCAGGGUUUCUGUUGUAAUUUUGAUGAUUUGAACAGGAGAACUGGUCAAUUACCUACACCAUUAGCUUGCGAUAGGAAUACCUCCCUAGAGCGGGGUAUACCCGACAUAAGCGUGGCUGCAUUGUCGCAAGUCUCAUAGUCCGAUUGGUUGGGCUAAAGACCGCCUAAAACGGAAGGCUAAAAAUCACAAAAAUGCAGAGAUGUGGCUUCGAAGAACUGCGUUCAUCUGGGUUAACUGUGAUUAUUAAAGUAACGCACGAAACAUGUGCGACAAUCAGAAACCAAUUCACGCAUUGUCACGUAGUAAAAAGCCACACAUCUAGCUAACUGUAGCAGAGGUGGCAGCAUCUGAGUUCGCAAGACCAGAUCCCAGAUAGGGACAUACUGGAGUGGACGGGGAUCCUCAGCAUUCACGCUAUGCUGAGACAACUACAGUUAUGCUGGAGUGGCCACCUUGUACGGAUAGGUCACGAGAAGCUACCCAAACGACCCUUCUAUGGAGAUGUCGUGACGGGUUCACAACGACAAGGAGAUGAAGUCCGGCGCUACAAGGAUACUCUGAAAACCUUCCUGAAGUGACUGCAAAUCAACUCGGCAAACUGGGCAGACCUCGCCUGGAACCGACCUACGUGGAGGAGAACUAAGAAUACAGACGCAGCAGUCUUCGAGACCAACCGCAUCACGGCCACAAAGCCAGACGUCAGAAACGAAAAGUUCAACUGUCGCUGCCGCCUCCCAACGCUAAGACCCAACCGCCAGCAAUGUGCCCCCCCUAUGUCAACGGACAUAUCGGGCGCCAAUUAAACUUGUUGGACACUUCCGGACCAACUGCAGCACCCGAAAUGCACCAACCGUCGUCUCUCCGUUCAUCUCUCGCGCGCCUCUCAGACCGUCAAAUAUUGUUGAUCACCUUCCCCAACCACCACUACCAUCCUCCUCCUCCUGCUCCUCCUCUUCCUCAUUUACUGCCUCAAGGUCUGCCGACUGGGCACCCGCUAUGCACAUCGACACUACACCAACAAUCACCAAUACCACCACCGUCAGCACCAGCGAUAAGGACCCGGUCUAUACCUGUCCUCAAUGCGAUCGGACCUUCAACUCACACAUCGGCCUGGUCGGUCACAUGAAAAUCCAUCGUCCAGAGCCUAACAAACCAGUGCCUGGAGCAUAA